AUGCUGAUCGUAGCGCCUCUCCCUCUUCCAAGGAUCGCGUUCGUCAACCUCGGACGUUACGUGAGCCUGCAGGAGGUGAAGGACGCCGUACGUUUACUCCGCCGAAGCGGGGCAGGGAUGGACAGGCAGGCGCUUGUGGACGGCUGCUUGAGAGAGUCCAAGCCGGCGGCGAAGGGUGGGUCGGACAGCAGCAGGAGACGGACGAGCGCAGGAGGCGGCGGCGGCGGCGGCGGCGGCGGUGCCGCUGCUGGCGUUGGCCCUCGUGGCUUGUCGAAGCGCGGCGCCCGGCAGCCCUGCGGCCUCAUCCCCGAGAGCGUGAUCGCGAAGGUGCCCCGACUGCUGAUGGACUUGGAGAAGUUUGUUGGCUACCGCGUGUUCGCUGACGACGCUAAGGCCCGCUGCCGAGAGCUAGAUCGCUGCGGCGAGGGUUUGAACCAGCAGGAGCUGUGCGACGCCCUGGUUUCCCUGCUGCGGCUGCAAGCCCCAAGCAAUGACGCCGGCAGCGGCGGCUCUGGCGCCGCAUGUUACGGUAGCAGCGGCGGCAGCGAAGAGAAGGAGGGAGCCCAGCAGGGCGCGGGGGGGGAGCGGGAGCGGGAGGAUUUGAAGCAUUACGAGGAAGACAAGCAGCGGCGAGCGGUGGCGGCCGCCGCGGGAAGGCCGCAACCGCCGCGACAGCGGCGCCAGCACCAACGGCAAGAGGCCAACGGUACAGCGCCCCUGAACGCCGGCGCAGCCAAGUCGAGGUCGUCGCGGGCGGGUAGCGUUGCCGGCGGCGGCAGCGUCUCGGGGGAAGGGCGGGGGGCGGAGACAAAGUCGGGCGCGGGGAAGAGAACAACGGGGCCGGCGGAUGACGAGAAUGAAACGAACAAGCGGAGGAGAACAGGGGGCGCUGAGGAUGGGAACCACAGGGUGUUGUUAAGGGGUGGUGCCGGUGCUAGUGCCGCUGGCGCUGCUGUGGGGAGCACCAACAGCCCUGCCCCGAGAAAAAGGCCCCGUCGAUCGUCCGGUAUCUUCCCCGAGAGCGUUAUCUCGAAGGUGCCGCGCCUGGCGCUGGACUUGUCUGCGAGGCUGGGAUGCGGCGUGACCACCGAGCAGGCGAAGGCGGCCUGUCGGGAGCUGGACAGAUGCGGAGAUCGCCUGACCUCAAAAGAGCUCGCGGACGCCUGCGUGGGCCAUUUCCUGAUCACACCCCCCGCGGCGCAACACACCGAGGACCAGGAAGGAGAGGGGCAUGCGGCGCAAUUACCGUUGCCGCCGUCAUCACCGCCGGCGCCGACGCCACUACCGCCCGUCGUUGGUACCAGCCCGAGUCAAGCCGUCAAACCCGCGGGAAUUCCGGACAGCGUCGCCGCGAAGGUGAAUCGCUUGGCGCUAGAUCUGGAGACCUUCAUGGGGCGCCCGGUGUCGUUGGAGGAGGCCGAGGCUGGCGUGCGAAAGCUGGAAAAUUGCGGCAUAACGAGCAAAGGCGGCGGCACCAAGAACAGAGCGGACGCCGCAAGCGCCGCGGCUACCGCAUGGGCAGCGCGGGCGGUAAAUCGAGGGUCAAGAAGACCCCCGAACAAAGACAAGCGCGCCGAACAUGACGACGGCGGGAGAAGAAUCAGCGGCGGCAGCGGUAGCGGUAGCGGUAGCCGCAAGAAGCAACGGUGCAACAAGGUCGACGGCACAACGCCGCUCUCCUCAGGCCGCCUCAACUGCGAUGUCGGCGAGUUCGUCGUGUUUCCCACGCCCCGCACCUCUCCGGUCCCGUUCCUCCUGGGCAAGGUCCUGCGGAAGAGGGCGCUCGCAAGCGGUAAGGCCGGCGUCCCGUCGAGGACCGAGGUCACCGUCCAUUGGUACACGCCCAAGACAAGGCCACCGCCGCCGCCGCCGCCUCCUGUUGCCCGGGGCAACGGCGACGACGCCGGGACGCGGGCGCGGGCGUUGGAAGCGGAGGCGGUGGUGAGGUACACUUUGGGAGGCUGGUCCGGGGACUUCGUGCCCGCGGGGGGCGGCGGCGGCGGCAGCGGGGCCACCAGGAGGCUGAAGAGCGACACCGGGGAGGAGGACCUGGCGUCGGCGAUGGUGGUGUUCCCGGGGCUGUUGCGGUCCAACGACGCCAUACCCGCGGGCGUGCGGGACGCCGUGAUCUCGGCGGUGUUGGCGGCAACGGCGGCGGAGGAUGCCAAGGAGAGCGGGAGGAAGCAGCCAGUGGGAGGGGUCGGGCACGGCGAGAAUAAGGGGCGGGAGGGGGACACCAGCGGUAAGGAGACGGGGCAGAGCGCGAGGCCAGACGGGCCGGGCAGUCGACAGAAACGAGCGGGUCGGAAGGGCGCCGGGGGGGCGGUGUUGGACGGAGACGGCACUUCCGCCGUGGCGGCUGCCGUACCGGCCGCAGUCGCGGAAGAGGAGGGCUGGGAGACGGACGAUUCGGCCGACGACUUCGAGUGA